AUGUUCCUACGGGCAAUCGGACGGCCGUUAUUGGCUAAAGUGAAGGAGACGACAGGGAUCGUUGGGCUUGACGUGGUCCCAAACGCGAGGGCGGUGCUGAUCGAUCUCUACAGCAAAACCCUAAAGGAGAUCCAAGCCGUACCGGAGGAUGAAGGAUACCGGAAAGCUGUGGAAUCUUUCACUCGCCACCGUCUCAAUGUGUGCAAGGAAGAAGAAGACUGGGAGGCGAUUGAGAAACGGCUUGGUUGCGGUCAAGUCGAAGAGCUCAUCGAAGAGGCACAAGAUGAGCUCACUCUCAUUGGAAAAAUGAUCGAGUGGGAUGCUUGGGGUGUUCCAGAUGACUACGAGUGUGAAGUAAUUGAGAAUGAUGCACCAAUUCCCAAGCAUGUUCCUCAGCACCGACCUGGUCCUCUUCCUGAAGAGUUCUACAAAACCCUUGAAGGUCUACUUUCAGAGGCCAAGACAGAAAUUCCAGCUGCUACCUCCACCGAUCCGCAGUUGAAGGAGUAA